AAUAAAUCAAACAACAUUGAUCCCUCUCGUGUUGAAAACUUCCCGACUAUCAGUGAGCACUGAGUCACAAUGAGGAAAUGCAUUUCCGACUUGCUUAUCAAUCUCUCACGCUGCCUCGGAUUAUCCGGGAUCCGCGAGCCAUGGGGGGCACCGAUGGAGUAAGCAUCUCCGAGUGAGCGGCACUUGGGACAGCAUCAUAGUGGGGGGACUUUCGCCCCUAGUGAGUCGCCCAUGUUGUCAUAUCCUCCUUAAAAGGCUCAUUCUUGAGGUUUACGUGGUCCUUAUCGUCCCCCGAGCUUUCAGCUGGCUGUGACGUUGUCGGAUUUAUCUUCUGCCACACAAAAUGUCGAGUAUAAGACCGAGGAUAAGACCGAGCCUAAUCCCGAAUGCGAUAAGGCGCGGGGGUUCUCGUGCCAUUAAAUUCGCUGGAUACCCUCGCUUUGGAUCUCCAAGCUUGCAGCCUAAUCUUGCUACUAUCGCAAAAUAUCCAUUGAUUAGAUUUCUGUCAACCUCGCGACAUCCAUCACUGACCAUGAGCGACAACACCUACGUAGCGCCGCUUCAUCCUCGUCCCGGGGACCGAUCACGCGAGGAUGGUCGGGAGUUCAAGUUGCUGCACUUCAUCUACGAUCAGCCCAACCGAGACGAGAUCCAGGGCAAUCCCCAGAAAGUCCUAGAUCUUAUCGACGAGUUCGCGCAGACAUAUCACUUCAUGAACAUCGGCCCGGACAAGGGCAAGUUUAUCACAGAAAUUAUCGCCGAGCGCAAGCCUGAGGUCAUGAUUGAGCUCGGUGGCUAUGUCGGGUACUCUGCCAUCCUAUUCGGCGAUGCCGUGCGCCGGGCCGGUGGAAAGCGAUACUAUAGUCUCGAACUGAACCCAGAGUAUGCCGCCAUUGCGAAUAUGCUACUGGAUCUUGCUGGUCUGCGCGACUUUGUGCGCAUCAUAGUCGGUCGCAGUGAUCUGUCCCUGCACAAGCUAUUCGAUAGCGGGGAGGUCAAGCAGGUGGAGGUUCUGUUCAUUGACCACUACAAGCCUGCCUACACCACCGACUUGAAGCUUUGCGAGCAGCUGGGGAAGAUCGUGCCCGAGGUCUCGGUCGUGAUCGCGGACAACGUGCUGUACCCCGGCAAUCCGCCAUAUUUGGAAUAUGUCCGCAGUACGGUGGAGCAGAAGCGCGAAGCGGCCAAGAAGGGCCCUGAACGGACGUACAACAGAGAGGGCAUUCCGGACAGGACCGUGCAGUCCUUCCUCGGCGCAGAUGCGACUCCUCAAUUCGACAUAAUCGGCAACCCGAACCUCAUCUACGAGAGCAAACUCGUGAAGCCGGAAACCACCAGGGUAAGUCGGAGUCUGUGACGCAAUGAAACGGGAGAUGAGUUUUCUGACGCAACUUGUGUGCUUUAGGACGCCAUUGAGGUCACCCGAUGUGUGGGGGUACAAGAGUAGUAGAAGGGAGGGGUGUUUUUUCCGGGGAAUCUGUGUAUACUGGUUGAGAGAAGGAAGGGAAAGAGGCUGCUAAGCUGGAUGGCUCACUAGCCUUAACCAAUUUUGGUGCAAGGGUCUUCGGACCUACCAUUACUCGACCUUUUCAUGAAUGAGGCCGAAGUCUAGAGUCACGGUCGGCCGCUGACCCUUUUUUACCAGCUAGUGGAUUAAAUACCAAACAAAGGCUUUCUUGUGAACAGUUCGAGGAUAGUACAGUA